UUGGGUAUUAUUUAAUAAUCAAAUUGUUGAUUUGGGUAUUUUUUAUUUUUCUAUUUUAUUAUUGGGUUGUUGGAUUCUUGAUCAUCUAAGGAUCUGUUUGGCUUUGAUUGAAUCUGAUAAUAUUUGAUCAGUUUUCCAGAUUCUUGAGGCUGUCAUUAUACUUCAUAGUAAAGGAAAAUGCAAGUUGAUCUUGGUAAGUUAUUUGUUGGCGGGAUUUCAUGGGACACAAAUGAAGAACGUUUAAAGGAGUAUUUUAGUAGUUAUGGGGAGGUUGUAGAAGCUGUAAUUAUGAAGGAUAGGACUACUGGUCGUGCUCGUGGUUUCGGUUUUGUGGUCUUUGCUGAUCCUGCUGCUGCGGAGAGGGUAGUUAAGGAGAAACACAACAUUGAUGGCAGGAUGGUAGAAGCAAAGAGGGCAGUUCCACGGGAUGACCAGAGCACGACAAGUAGAAGCAGUAAUAGUAUUCACGGUUCUCCUAGUCCUGGUCCAGGACCAGGACGUACAAGAAAGAUUUUUGUUGGAGGUUUAGCAUCCACUGUUACCGAGGCUGACUUUAAGAGUUACUUUGAACAAUUCGGAACAAUCACAGAUGCAGUAGUUAUGUAUGAUCAUAACACUCAAAGGCCUAGAGGAUUUGGAUUCAUCACUUAUGAUUCAGAGGAUGCAGUGGAUAGAGUCUUGCUCAAGAGUUUCCAUGAGCUGAAUGAUAAAAUGGUUGAGGUCAAGCGAGCUGUCCCCAAAGAGUUAUCCCCGGGUCCUAGCCAAAGCCCACUUGGUCGGUACAACUAUGGAUUAAAUAGGAUGAAUAACAUCCUUGAUAGCUACGCACAGGGAUACUCUUCAGGUACAAUUGGAGGAUAUGGAGUCGGGAUGGAUGGUAGAUUUAGCCAAAUGGCCGGGGGUAGAAGUGUCCUUUCUCCAUUUGUUUCUGGUUAUGGCGUGGUUCCAGGCCUGAGCCCAGGAUAUGGGGGAAGUGCAAAUGUUAACAGUAGUUUAAGCUAUGGACGGGGACCAAAUCCAUAUUAUAGAUCAAACAGGCUUGGUGGUGGCAUUGGGUUUGAUGUCCGAAACGGAGGGGACACAUCAUUCUUAAACUCCGCAAAUCGCAAUUUAUGGAGUGACGGAGGACUUCGUCAUGGAACGAGCUCCACAAGCUCUAACAUUGGAGGAGGAAACUUUAGCAACAGCGGAGUUUGGGGUUCAUCAAUUUCCUCUCAAGGCAUUGGAGGAAAUGUUUCUAACAAAAGUGGAAAUUUUGGUUAUGUGAAUGGUGACAACGUAUACGGGUUGGCAGGAGGCUAUGGAAGAAAUGUCACAAAAAGUGGGACCGCUAUGUCAUCAUAUGCUGCAUCUAGGGGUGGUUAUGAUGAUGGGGGUGCUUUAGCUGAUUUCUAUGGUAGUGGUUUGGGAUAUGAUGAUCACACUUGGCAUUCUUCGAAUCCUGAGCAGAAUUCAACUGGUUCUCUUGGUUAUGGACUAGGCAAUGGACCCUCUGACAUGUCACCUCAAAGUUCUGCAGGUUACGUUGGUAGUUAUGGAGUUGGUAAAAGACAACCAAACAGAGGAAUUGACGGCUAGGAGAAUAUCGCAAACCAAGGCUGUUAUAGUAGGUGAAACUAUUUUUGUCGAACUUGAAUCAUGAUUUUUGAAUAUUUCCACAAUUGUAUGAAAGCUGAGAAGUUAAAGAAUUGGACUUCCUUUUGUAGGGCACUUGGAGUGUGUUUUUUGAAGGUCUAGAUAUAGAACUUUGCAAAACACUUUGUUUUAAAAGGAUAUUUUUUGAGUUAUGUUUUAGAAAUUCCUCUUUUUUUCCCCUUCAAGUGAGGUGUAACAUCUUAUUGCAGCUGCAGCAAUACAUACAAAGGAAAUAGACAUUUUUUUUUUUGCACAAAACUUUUAUAUUCCCUGUUUUUGCUGUAAUAUAGCUGCACAUUUGCAGAUUCUUGUCUACUAUCUUUUGAUUUGUAGUUCCCUUAAAACAGGAGUUUCCUUUUCAUUUGAUUGUAUGUGAGGUUGAUUUAGUAUGAAAUAUGCAUAAUGAGUAAACUACAAUAUAUUCAGGUUGCUA